GAGUUCUGGAGUUCGUCCCGGUUUUCGUUUGGUCGCGUGCAUCUGGAGGCCGCGCAGCACCCCCCCAUCCCCCCCGCCACGCCGCACACCCUAGAUCUCAUGCCACAGGUGGAUGACGAAUCGCACAAAAAGAGGGAAGAGGGUUUGAAUGUGCUCCUUCAGGCUCACCAGCCCGGCUCGUGAGCACUCCUGCUCCCCCGCCGCUCAAGGCGACGUCUUCCAGCAGACUACCCGCACACACAAACGUGGUCCGACUGACAGAUACACCAACAUCACAUGUGUGUGUGCGUUGGACUGCCUGGCAUGGGUGUGUGGUGUGUGGUUUUGGUGCAGAGGACCCUGUAUGGGCAGGCUGGGGCGGCAGAGGGCGACGGUGGCGGCAGGGGGUUCGGCGGCGACACAGCUAAGCAGCCCGGUCGUCCCUUCUUCCCCAAGCUCACGUCGGGCCCAUCCAUCAUUCCUCCCCCCGCCAAUCGCACAGGGCUACCACGCAACACAACACGGCUGCACGGCGCAUCCGACCACGACCACCCGAAAGCGGUCAGGCAAAGAGAUUGCCAAUGUGUGUGCUGUGAUUACGUUGGGGGUCCUGUGUGUGGUGUGGUUUGCCGUCAGGCGUGCGGUCGUGCGGUCGUGCGGUGCGGGAGAGGGAUGGGCGUCGGGAAGGGCGUGUUGGUGCGGCCGACGGGCGGGAGAUGCGUCGCGGGACGGAGCUACAUGAUGUGUAUGGCGAGAUGCUCCGUAGAUCUUCGCGGUUGACGGUGAGCCCCCACCCAUACGAACACGCGCAAUUGCAUAAUGUCAAGUGCGUCUGUGUUGUGGGUGUUCUUCCUUCAGGAUAGUUUCACUGCCGGACAGCCCCAUGAAGCCCCACCACACAGCAAAGCCCAUUGUCAGGCCCAUACCUUCACACACGCACACAGACACACGCACAUUUUGUCCGGAUGAUCUUGUGUAUGUGCAUUUGUGUGUGUGUGUGUGUGCGUGUGUGUGGUUUUCAGGUUUCCCACGACGCGCCUUGUGCACCGAGUCUGCCCUACACACACCAGCCACCCGCCAAGCGGAGCAUGAGGGCCAACAACAAUGGCGGAAUGGGCGCAGACCACGAUGUCGUUGUUGUUGUUCCUCAUGCUCUGCUUAGCGGGCGCUGGUGUCCUCCGUGAACAGGUCAGAGAACACUCACGUCCGGGCGUGUGAGCGGAGCGAGGCCGCCGGUGCCGUAUAGCAUGGUGAGCCCAUCACGUCAGAGGGCAACAAACAGGGAGAGAGGUGACAAUGUGCACUUGUCGCUUCCAUUUCAGUCAAAGUACUAAUGCGGUGAGUGUGCGAAGGUUUUGUUACUGCUGUAGUUGUGACUGAGGGCAGAUGUGCGCCGUCGUCCAUGAGUCACAACUACAGCAGUAACGAACCAUCCGCACUCAUUUCAUUUCUGGAUGAUCUUAUGUGUGUGUGUAUGGGUCUGACCAUGGCCUUUGCUGUGUUCGAGCGAGUGUCGUGGGCUAGUUGGCCACAGCUGCAUUAUCGCAGCCUCUGAGUGGACACAGGCUGUCACACAGCUGUCUCUUUGUCACGGCGUGUUUUUUGGACUGCUUUUUUUUGGUGUUGUAUUUGUUGUGUGCGGGUGGGCAAGAGGGGCCGGACUGAAUCCCAGCAUUUUCUAAAUGAGCGCAUUAACCAGACG